AUGUUAAUCAAUCGCUGUUAUUAUCCUGAAACUCGUAAAGCAAUCGAUCAUUACAGUUAUGCUCUAAAUGAAGAAAUAGGAAGAGGGUUUAGUAGCAAAGUUUAUAGAGGAAGAGAUGAAAAUAAUUAAAUGACAGUGGCUGUUAAAGUAUGAUAUAAAUUUGUAAGUCAAGGUAAUUGAUAUGAAGAUGGUUAAACAGAGCAUUCAUGCCACUUUACUGAAGAAUGAAAUAAAUGCUCUGAAAUCAUUUAACUCAAAGAACAUACUAAAAUUGUAUGAUGUUUUCUAAACACAGAAUAAUACAUACAUCAUAACAGAGUAUUGCGAUUCUGGAGAUCUAAGUGGUGUAAUAAAAAAAAGAGGAAGAAUUGAUGAGCCUGAAGUAUUGCGAAUCAUGAAUGAAAUUAUAACAGGAUUACUUGAGAUCAAUCAAAAAGGAUAUAUUCAUAGAGACAUUAAACCAGCAAAUAUUUUAAUAGAGAAACAGACACCAAAAAUAGCAGAUUUUGGUUUUGCUGUCUAAAUAAACAGUAUGGAAGUCAAACAAUAAGGCAGACAUUAUAAUGUUGGAACUCCUUUAUAUAUGUCUCCAUAAGCAUUAAGAUAAUAAGGUCAUACAGAAAAAGGAGAUGUAUGGGCUAUGGGUGUUAUGUUCUUUGAAAUGCUAUUUGGACAAACACCAUUUACAGCACAGACAGAAUAAGGAUUGUUAACAGCUAUUUUGCAUCAUCAUCUUGCCAUUCCUUCACAUCCUUAAAUAUCUGAUGCUUCCAAAGAUUUCAUCCGUAGAUGUCUUUGCAUUGAUGAAAAUCAAAGAAUGAGAGUCAAAGAUAUGGCAACUCAUCCAAUUUAUUCACAAUACUCUCAACCCAUUUAUAAACCCAUUCCCUUAUAAACUCAAUAAUCAUCUAAUAUUCCAACACCUGCAACUAGAACACCUAUUAUUAAUAAGGAUAGAUCAUAAAGUUAGGGAAUAAGAGAUUUUUAAUCUAGACCUAAGUGUCAAGUAUUUAAGUAUUUUAUAUUAGACUCAAAUUCAAAAUGAUAGUAAAGUAAGUAAAAGAUGUCCUUCAGAAAUGUAUCAUCUACCUCAUCCACCUACUACUGUUAUUGAACCUCCUAUUUCUGAUCCUAUGAGAUCUAAAAGUUAAAAGCAAAUUACAGAAUCACGAAAAACAAUUACUCAAGAAAAUUAGUUUGAAAAAAGAAGUUUUAAGAAAAAUAAUACUGUACUUUAAGAGUAAAAUAUUUAAUUUAUAAUUAUUAGACGAUCUCUUAAUGUACAAACUUAACCAUCUUAAAAUACAACUCCAGUUUAAUCACCAAUUAAAUUUAAAUCAAAUAAUGACAUUUUAUUUGCCUAAAUUAAUUAUUGUAGAUUUCUAUACAAAUUCUCUUAAUAAAUUAUUAAUUCAAGGUAAUUAACUUUAUCCAAUGGUUUAAAAGAGAAAUUAUUAUUCUUAAUGGCAAAGAACAUAGCCAUGAAAAUUUCUAAACUUCAUACUAUUAUUGAUAAGGAAAAUUCUAAAGAUAACACCUUCUAACUAGAAGAUUUCGAUGUAUAUAGAAAGGCUGAAUCAUUCUAAAAGUUUAGUUAAGCUAUUGCUGAAUAUAAUGAAAACUAUAAACGAUACUUUGAAAAGACUUAUUAAAUGAUAGUUAACAAAAGUAAUAUCUUAUGUAAUUUUAUAAAGGUCUUCCUCAAGAUAAGAAAUUUGAAGCUUUAUUUGAUAAAGAUUUAAGUGAAUUUGAAAGCUUCUAUUUCAUAACACAAUCCUAUUUAAGGUAAGCAUUGUAAGAAUUGAAAAAUGAACUUCCAAAUUCUAGUUCUGAUCUAGAUGCUUUCUUACCAGAAGAAGUAUACAUUUAUAUAUAAUUUCUAGUAUAAUUUUAGUUAUUUUGUGGGUCAGUAAUUAUGCAAUUAUUUACUUAUCUGUCAUUGUACUCUCUAAAAUAUGAAUGAUUAUAAGAAAUUCUCAAAAAUGCUAAAAAUUGAUUAGAUGGUUGAUUAGAAAUAAAAUAGAUGUACAUACAGAUAAGUAGAUGAACUAAGAAGUAAAAUUUAAGAAUUAGUUUCUAAGUGAUUUUGAUUUGUAAAUUUUAUAUUACAUUUUUAUAUUUAAUUAAUGAAAUAGUAAUAAGGAGCUGUUGUUGUUUUACCUAAAUAUUAUGCCACAUUCAAUCAGACUCAACCACCAUCUUAUUGGGAUUAUGAGAAUGCUAAAAUUGAAUAUGGGUAUAAUUUUAUACAUAUAUUUCAGAUCAGAAGAGCCUUAUGAGGCAAUUUGUAAAAUUGGAAGAGGCAAAUAUUCCGAAGUCUUUGAAGGUGUCGAUAAUAGGAAUGGAAUGAAAGUAGUUCUUAAAGUGCUUAAACCUGUUAAAAAAAGAAAAAUACGCAGAGAAAUUCGCAUUCUUUAAGUUUUAAAAGGAGGCAUUAAUAUUAUUGAUCUUAAUGAUGUUGUCAGAGAUGAUAAUUUAAAAAUCCCUACUUUAGUAAAGAAUCAACUUAAUAUAGGUAUUUCCUUAUAUGGAGAAUACAGAUUUUAGGAGUAUGUUCCCUAAAUUAACUGAUAAUGAUGUUAAGCAUUAUUUAUUUGAAUUGUUAAAAGUAAACUAAAACUUAAAAUAGGCUUUAGAUUAUGCUCAUUAAAGAGGUAUAUUUCAUAGAGAUGUUAAACCAUAAAAUAUUAUUGUUGAUCCAAAAACUAGAACCUUGAAACUUAUAGAUUGGGGAUUGGCAGAAUUUUAUCAUCCUUCUCAAGAUUAUAAUGUUAGAGUAGCCUCACGAUAUUUUAAAGGCCCUGAAUUAUUAGUGGAUUAUUAAUUUUAUGAUUAUUCUUUAGAUAUAUGGAGUACUGGUGCAAUGUUUGCAUCUAUGGUACAUUUAUAUAUAUAGAUUUUGUUAGAUUUUUAAAAAAGAACCUUUCUUUUAAGGAAAUGAUAAUUAUGAUCAAUUAGUAAAGAUUGCUAAGGUUUUAGGAACAGAUGGAUUAAAAUAAUAUAUAAAAAAAUACAAUAUUAAAUUGGAUAAUGC